AUGUCUCUCACGGUGGAUGUCGACGAAGCAGACGUGGCAGUUCUUAGCCAGAACUUGGCCAAAUCAAAAGAGUUGUUUCUGCAAAUCUCCAAGUCUUUGACAAAUGUUUCUCAAAAGUCUAUCAAUGCCUCCAAGAACAUCAAGCCGAUUUUGCGCGACGUCAACAGGUUGAACAAUCACAAAGGACAGAUCGAAAACGGUUUGAAUCUUCUUCAAGACGUCAACGAAAGCGCGGUUCAAAUCAACAACUUCGAAAACAUCUUGAACAACCCUAUAGAACUCAUCGGCUUGAAGAAAUACAUCGACACAUUGGACAAGAGUAGAGCACUCUUCAAGAUCAUAAAGCCCCGGUUCAAGAAAUUUACAGGGAUUUUGAUCAACUUCGAGAACCUCAUAGACAAAUCAGACAUGAAGCUUCAGACUCACAUGCAAGGCUUAAUCAAACAAGAUGCUGGAGAGAUUCUACAAGACGGCUCCACUGCUAAGAUUAACGACAUUAAAACUAUUCUCCGCUACUUCGGCACCGACACAGCUCAUGUCUACAAGAUCUACAGCAGGUCCCGUGGAAAUAACGUGUACGAGAAGUUGAAGCCCUUGGAAGCAUCUACAGAACCCAAAGAGAGACCAGAAAAUAUCCCCUACGAAAAAGGCUCUAACGGCAUCACCAGUUUCACUACUACAUUUAUGAAUGUGAUAGAAAACGAGUUGAGAUUGCUCAAGGAGUUGAAUCUUCCUCGUUCUGAGGUAGUAGGUCCUAUCGUGGAACGGUCAGUAGGCGAAAUCUACAAUCACGGCAUUAUCAACAGAUUCAGUCAUUUCUUUAACAGUCUGAGUGCCAUCAUUCAAAACGAUAUUUUGCUCUUGGAGUUCAUCGAUAACUUGCUUCAGUUCCAGGAAUUCUUGCGUAAGAACGGCGUUUCCAAUAAGGAGUUCGACAACAGCAUUGCCCUUUUCAUCACCAAGAGCUCGGUUCUCUUCAAGGAGUACAUCAAGUUGAUCGAACUCAGAUUUCAAAACACAGAAAAAAUCACCGAAAUUAAUAUUCCUCAGAUUAUUGUGGAUCUCUUCUCCAGGAUUCGUCGUAUCAGUGAGUUCCCUCACGCGCUCUUGUCCUUGAUCUCGACCUACAAGUUGGGAGACUGGUUAAUAGUAAAGCCUCCUGUUAAAUUCAUCACUGUGUACACCUCAGUAAUACCGAACACAGCUAACGACGAAAGUGCGGAAUACCACUUGAGUUCAUUUUUCUCGGAUAUAAUUGACUCUAUUACGAUUAACAUUGAGAUAGGGUUGAAAAAUAACGAAGCUAACUAUAAAAAAUCUACGCAAGGCUUCCACUUGAUAAAAAAUGUGGUAAUGAUUGAAACCAUCUUGAACAGAUCUGAAACGUUACACAAGAGCUUGGGUAAUUUGGGAAUGGAACGUUUGAACAAGUUAAAGAAUCGAUUCCUCAAAUUAUUCUUGGACGACUGGAACUACGCCUCCUACAUAAUCAUCAGAGAUAUGACUACCAUAGCAACCAGUCAUGCACACGCAGCUGGGGGCCAGGGACCGAGUACCGGAGGUAGCAGUGGUCACCUCAGCAAUAAAGAGAAAGAGCAGAUUAAGGACUUGUUCAAGAACUUUAACGACUCGUUCGAGGACGCCAUCCGCAACUACGAAAAGUACAAUAUCACUGAUGUCAACUUGCGCAACUAUUUGAGCAACGAAAUCAAGAAGUUGAUCAUCAACGCCUAUUUCAAGCUUUACGACAAGUACGGAAACAGCGACUUCACCAAGAACAAGUCAAAGUAUGUCAAGUAUGACAAGCAGCAGUUUGAGAGAAUAUUGAACGAAAAACUCUAG